AUGUCCGUCGGUCAGCCAUUGGAUGCUGAAACCGCGGCGCUGGUCACCGAGCUGCGCCAGAUGAAGGCGGAGCUGCUCGCGGAGGGGAACCUGUUGAAGGAGUUGAAUCGCCAAAACGAGGAGAUGGACGCGCAGAUCGAAGAGCUGACGCUGAGCGAGAGGAACCUCCGGUCCGAUCUGGCCGAGCUGCAGGAGAUCGAGAGUCGCCACCAGGGCCAGCUGCCGAUCGACACGCUGCGCAACCUGGACCACGUCUUGGAGUACGAGGCCGACUCCCAGGAGAAGGUGCGCCAGAAUGCGGUGACGCUCCGGCUGAUGGCCCACGAGCUCCUCCUCCGCACCAUCAUGAACGAGCGCGUCGCUGUUCGGGAGCUCGCCUCGCAGGAGGCGCAGUUCGAGCGCGACUGCAACGAUGCGAUGAGGGCACGGAAGCUGCUGGCGGAUGAGGUGGAGCGAAUGGCGCGGCAGUGUGAGGGCGGAAUGCUGAAGAAGAGGGACCUGUACAACGAGCUCGAGGCGAUGCACAGCGAGCAGGAGCAGCUCGAUGCCGAGAUCCGGCUCAUCGAGGCCGCCAUCUACCGCAUGAAGCUGUCGGCGCAACACAUUGGCGCGCCUGUGAAUUUUGGAUACAGUGGUGCCCUCGCCUCGGCCAGCGCCCCCGCCUUCACCACGUCAGCGGCCUGGGACUCGGAAGAGCUGAUCAUCGACCCGCUGUGCGGCCGCGACGCGCCCCCCUUGCUGAGCCCCUCCAUCCGCUCGACGUUGAACACCGCCCCCAAGCAGCCGCGCGGCCGUACCGUCGGCCCGGGGCGCAUCGCCCGCGCCGCCACCAGCCCGGUGGGACAUCAGGGCGCUCAGGGCGGUCAGCGGGCCCGUUUGCCCGGCAGCCGUCCGGUCGCGUCGCGUGACGCGAUGCAGAGCCUCCUUCGCACCCUGCAGCAGCAGGAAGUGGUCUCGACGUCGCGCGGGCGUGCCGUUAGCCCGGUCCAGAUUGGCGGCCCCGCCAGCCCUGUCGGUCAGCAAGGCGUUCAGCGGCAGCCAGCCACCGGUCCCGGAAAUGAAGCGAUGAAAAGCCUCCUUCGCACCCUCCAGCAGCAGCAACAGCCCGAGGCGGCUGCAGCUCCGCGCGCCAUCAGCCCGGUCCCGUCGGCUACGGGCCAAGCCGGCACCUCAACCCGCCGCCCAGCCGGAAGCCCGUCCCGUCGCAUCGCCAGCCCCUCGCGCGACGCCAUGCAGAACCUCAUCGCCCUGCUGCAGCCGAUCCAGAACCUGCAGCACGAACCGGAAGCCGGAGGGCAGAAGCCGGAACCAGGCCCGAACCCCGGCCAGCGUGCCACGGGCUCUGGCGCCCCGCUCGAGCGCUGGAUCAUUGAGAAAAAGGCGCCAUCCGUCACUCUGAAGGGCCCUUCCGGAGAUCUUCGCUAUUUGACGGUGUCGGCCCUCGACAUCCCGACGCCCCCGACGCCGCCGGAGGACGCCCUUCGCGAGCCGGUCACCCCGCAGGGCUCCUCGUUGGCCCCGGCGCGCUCGCCGCAGACGACCACGCAGCGCUCGUUGUACACCAGCAUAUCGUCGCCGCAGCUCAGCGCGCGCACCGGCAGCUCGACGACGACAGUGGAGAAUGUGCUGUCGACCACCACCGUCACGACGACCACCACCAGCCUGGUCGGCGACGGCGGCAAGCAGAGCGCUUUUGAGAAGUGGUUCGGCACUUUGAGCGUCGACCAGCGCCGUGCCUUCUACCGUGCCAUGGACCCGCCGAAGAAGCGC